AUGUCUACAGAGAGCGCUUUGACCGGAUUAAAGGUGGUGCUGCUGGGCGAUGCGGCAACAGGAAAGUCGAGUUUGCUUAUUCGCUUUACCACCGGUGUUUUUAAUCCCCAACUCGACAGCACGAUCGGUGCAGCUUUCAAGUCGAAGUAUCUAAAACACAGUGUUAAUCAGUGUAGAGUGAUCACCGUAAACAAUAAAACAUAUCGUUUAGAUAUUUGGGACACAGCAGGUCAAGAGCGCUAUCGUUCAAUCUUACCAAUGUACUAUAGAAAUGCGGCGGCGGCCGUCAUUGUGGUUGACAUUACGAACCCCGCCUCUUUGCAAGUAGCCGAUCGCUGGAUCCUGGAUCUUCGUCAAAAGACGGAAGGCGAGGAUUGUUAUAUAAUAUUAGCUGCGAACAAAGUGGAUCUGGAAGAUCGAGCGAUUUCGCACGAACAAAUCGAGGAGUUUUGUUCUCGAAUUGGCAUAGACUUUUUGGAAACUUCAGCGCUGAACGGACACAAUGUAAAGGAGGUGUUUGAGACGAUUUGCCAGCGAUGUGUGGUUCCCGAGGCUGCGGAUGCCUCGCAGGGGGACAAUGUGAUUCAAUGUCGUUCAAACAGCGAGCAGCCGAAGCGCGUAUCUGUGUUGCAGAGUGUGUUAUAA